CUCACAACCUUGGAAGACAGCAAAUAAUCAUGGAUUUAGAAACGAUCAGGAAGUUUACGUUCCAGCGUAUUCUCAGUGAAGAUCCCAAAAACAAGUUCUUAGCCAUCCUCGGCGAAAUCCAGGAUCAGCCCGCAGUCAUCAUCGCCGAAAAGACUGCCUUCGACAACCCCACUGUUUCUGAACUAUUCCAACCCAAUUUGACGCCGGACGUCACUUUAACCGAAAGGAAUGACGUUUACCACUCGUACACCGCGACGAUUGCACAAGAUAUCGCGAAGCCUGGGAUCAAGGCCACUCUGAUCUGGCCAGCAACGCAGACUCACAUCAGGAAAUACUCCAAACAAGCCCGCCGCAUGAUCCGCGAAACUCCCGAGCUUUACCAGCAGAUCACCCUCCCCUACAUUACCUCCCAACUCGGCCCCCGCAUUCAAUGGGUCUACAACAUCCUCAACCACACCGCCGAAACCGACAGGAUCGUCUACGAAGACACCGAUCCCAACACCGGAUUCAUCUUGCUUCCAGACUUAAAGUGGGAUCGUGUGACACUGUCGUCGUUUUACCUCAUGGCCCUCGUAAACCGUCGAGACCUCCACUCCCUCCACGAUCUGAACACCACCCACCUCCCCCUGUUGAAGAACAUCCGCUCCAGCGCCCUCCGCGAAAUCCCGCUCCAAUGGCCCACCGUCUCCCCCGACCAACUCCGCCUCUACAUCCACUACCAGCCAUCAUACUACCACUUCCACGUCCACGUCACUCAUCUCGAAUAUGAGGGUGGCGAUGGCAUGGCGGUGGGUAGGGCCUGGCUGUUAGAUGAUGUGAUUGCGCAGUUGGAGGAGAUGGCGGAGGGAAGGGGGUUUGAGGGGAGGACCAUUACGUAUGUUUUGGGGGAGGAGAGUGGGUUGUGGAAGGAGGGGUUUAGUAAUGUGAAGGGGUAGGAGGAAGGAGGUUUCUAUAUUUUUAUUAGGGGUUUUUAUCUAUUUUCUUGUAUUGCAUGCAAUGCAUCUUACGGAAAACGAGAAACCUGGAGGAACACACUUGGGUUGCAAAACAUCGUCCGAUACAGUUCGUGGAACUCGUAGCAGUUAACCCGACAAUAGGUCUAAAUUAGAGAAUAUGAGAAAUAUGAACGCCAUACACAUAACCUAUCCAAACCAGUCAUAAUCAUCUUGAUCUUCCUCUUCCUCCUCGU